AAAAAAUAAACCCAAAUCUAUCAUCCGCUGUUUUUGAGAAGGGCCGGGCUGGCUUGGAUCCGGCAGCCCCUCCUCUUCCUCCUCCCUCCUCCUCUUCCUCUCCCUCGCAGCCUCGCUGUCCUCUCCCGGCCACCCGCCUUCCGCGGAGGGGGCGAGAGCAGCGCGGGUCCCGCAGCGCCUCGCCAUGGGAGACAUCCCCGGCCUCGUCAAAAUCAGCGUCUCCCUCAAAAUCCAGCCCAACGACGGGGCCGUGUAUUUCAAGGUGGACGGGCAGCGCUUCGGCCAGAACCGCACCAUCAAGCUGCUGACCGGGGCCAAGUACAAGAUCGAGGUGUCACUCCGGCCCGGCACCGUCCAAGCCACGACAAUGGGCAUCGGGGGUGUCAAUGUUCCACUGGAAGAGAAAUCGAGGGAUGCACAGGUGGCCUUUUACACAGGGAUCUAUGACACAGAAGGGGUGCCCCAUACCAAGAGCGGGGAGAGACAGCCCAUCCAGGUCAACAUGCAGUUUAAUGACAUUGGCGUUUUUGAAACAGUCUGGCAAGUCAAAUUCUACAACUACCACAAACGGGAUCAUUGCCAAUGGGGAAACAGUUUUGGCAGCAUUGAAUACGAAUGCAAACCAAAUGAAACACGCAGUCUUAUGUGGAUCAAUAAAGAGACCUUCCACUGAAGAGAUGAGAAACCAAUACUGCUGAACAAUCUCCCAAAAGAAAAAUCUACCUUUUAAAACCAGCAAGAAGCCUUAACAAAGGCAUACUGUAAUGUUGCUUUGUUCCAUAAGGUUCCAACAAUUACGCUGUAUAUGCAGAUGGUGCCACUACAAUCUUUGCCUAUUAUUGUACUUUAAGUUUACCAUAGCAUCUGUAACUUUCUUUUUCUGUCACCCUGAGAAUACUGAAAAUUUUAUGGUAAAGAAUAUUUGAUAGCUGGGUAGAAAGCCAUUCCAUCAUAAUAUUGUCAUAGUUAUUUGGGUUACUCCCACUAAGCAGUUCCGCUAGACGUAACAACUUUUGUGAAGUGUUUUGCUGUAUCACUUAGAAUUUGGAUGCAACAUCACAUCAGUGAUUUCUCCAUUUAUAUUUGUGUUUGUUCCUAAAUCGAUGUGCUCCUUCAAGCAUUUUGUUGUACAUGUCAUCCCAGUGGACAGCAAAAAGUGCAGAUUAUGGAUAUUUGUAGGUUUAGCUCAAUGGCAGCUACUGCAUUGUUGAUAUUGUGCUUUCAUACCAGGGGAAUUGGAAACUCAUCCUCCCUUUUCUUAAGUGCUGUAAGAUAUUCUGUGAAAAGCUUGAUCAUUUAUCAGCUCUCUCAGAAUACGAUUCUUUGUUGUUAAGUUUCCCAGUCUCUGCAAUAGCUUCAGGAAACAGUAUAGAACAUGCUAACCUGAAUGAAGGAAAAGCAAUAAAUCAGUUAUGGCAUCAAAGGCAUCAGGCAUCAUGGCUAAUGUCUAUCUUAAGAUCAUAUAGUAUUCUUGAAGGAUAUGGCAGCCAUACUUAAUUUAGUUCUUAGAGUUCUGAAAGUAAUCUCCAUUUUUUGUUUUAAUGACACAUUGUCCAAAUUGGUGAAAUCCGAGAAAUCAACUUUUUCAACCCUGACCACUGUAUUAUACCAAAAUCAACAGGAUUUCUGACUAACAAACACUAAGUAGUGUGAAGAGUGCAGAUCCCAGUGAAUACUUACACAUGCGCUGCAUUCUUUCAAAUCAAGAUAAGCAUGUAAAAGCAUUUGCAUGGUUAUGACUAAAGGUGCUACAUAAACACUAAAUCAGUGUUUAACACAUACAGACAACAAAAAAACAAACAUAUCUUUUCUUUCAGUAAAUAAAGCAGGGAAACAUCUACGCUGUCCCCUCCACAACUUGGGCUGAAGCUGUCGGUUCUUGCAUAUCUGUUAUUCCCUUUGUGAAUAAUUUGUAAAUUGUGUAUGUAAAUGGUAACCAUUACUUUUGAUCUUUGUAAUAAAGGACUUAAACAAUUUAUUCUCUAGUAUGACCAUUAAAGGAGUGGAAAAUACUAUCAAAAAAAGACAGUGGUUUUAGAAAGUCAGACAGCAGAGAGUACAUGGUGCUUUCUGAGAAUUCAAUCCAAAGUACCUCAUGUUUUUUAGUCAAAGCUACUGUUUCUAGGAAAUACAGAUCCAAUGUGCUAUAACACAGACAGUUAAUGUGAUAACACUCAGACAAACCAGAAUAUACUCAACAAAGCUUAUUGAUAAAAUUCAACUGCAUUUUGUUGCACUAACAUAGCAUUGAGAGUAGAGAUCUAGGACAGAAGUGAAAUAACAGAAAAAACAUUUUCUUCCAUUGAAUUAUGAAUAAAAAGCUUGACUGCAUAUUUCUACAGACAAAAGAACCUGACAGUAGCACUGUUGCAAUACACCACUGGAACAGUGAGGUUGUCACCUGCAUCUCUACUCGGAGGCAAUGUUACACAGACAAAUUUCACUGCAAUGAAAUAACCUUCUCUGUUAAAUUCUUUCCUAGCAUCUUCCUAGACUGCCGAAAUAUCUAGAUAACAGGCUUCAGUGAUACCAGACUUCCAGCUGUCAAACACUUCCAUUUCUGCACUGCUAGAACAUGAUUUUCUUCCACAACGAUCAGUAUACU